AUGGAGCUUUUCCUCUUGCAUGCUUUCUUGGUUUUUCAUGCAAGUGUUGGAGCUGUUGAAGUUGGUGUUGUUAUUGAUGGUGAUGGUGAAGGUAUGGGUGAAGACAGUCAAGUGGUCUUUGAGCUGUGUCCGAACGCUGUCAACAAUGAAGAGUCACCCUUUUUCAAUUUCCCAUUUACACCAGUGAGGAGAGGUCUGUUGAAAGUUCAAAAAUCUACUCAUGGAGAGUUACUACCAGAAGAUACAUCAGAAUUAAUGUUUCCAAACCAUUUAUGUAUACAAACUGGUGGAUGUUUUUUAGCUGGGGAUGUUAGAUCUAGUGAACAAAUGGCUUUGGCAGCCAUGCAUACAUUGUUCGUGAGAGAACAUAACCGUAUAGCCAAGAAGUUACUACAAAUCAAUCCAAGAUGGAGUGGAGACACAGUCUACGAAGAAACAAGAAAAAUUGUAGGAGGGAUUAUUCAAAAGAUAACACAUGAAGAAUAUCUUCCUCAACUCUUGGGUGUAAAUGCUUUACCAAAAUAUACCGGUUAUAAACCUUGGAUUAAUCCAGGAAUCAUUAAUUCGUUUGCUACAACUGCUUAUAGAUUUGGUCAUAGCACUAUACGACCGUCGUUUCAUAUUAUUGAUGAGCACUUUAAAAAAGUUGGAGCCCCAAUUCCGUUGAGUCAAAUGUUUUUCAAUAAUACUUAUAUAAAACGCCAUGGAAUCGAUCAUUUGUUACUCGGUCUUUGUGCAUUUCGAUCAGAAAAUGUUGACCGUCAGUUUGCAAGAGGUGUUGUCGAUAAUUUAUUUGAACAAAAGGAAAUUCCAGGACUAAAUUUAGUAGCAUUAAACAUUCAGAGAGGAAGAGAUCACGGAUUGCCAGGAUACAAUGUAUUCAGACAAUUCUGUCAGUUAAAAGAUGCUAGAACAUUUGACGACACUCGUAAUGAAAUAUCAGCAAAAAACAGAAAAAUUCUUGCAAAACUUUACAAUAACGACCCAUCAAUUACAGAUUUGUACGUCGCUGGCGUUGCAGAAACGCCGUUAGAAAAAUCACAACUUGGUCCGACAUUUUCGUGUCUUAUAAAAGAACAGUUUAUUCGUUUUCGAGAUGGAGAUAGAUUCUUCUAUUUAAAACAGGGUUUUUUUUAAGCCUUCUCAGCUUCAAGAAAUAAAGAAAGCUUCUUUAAGUCGCUUAUUGUGUGACAAUUUAACAAAAGGAAAAAAACUUUCCAUUCAGAAAAACGUUUUCCGUGCUAUAAGUGAUGGUGCUCGUAGAGUGGCCUGCUCAAGUUUACCGAAAUUAAUCUUUAUCAGUGGAAAGGUGAAUCUAUCUUUACAAAACAUAAGUAUAAUGGAAAAUGAGUUAGUUUAUUUCUGACAAUAUUUUAAAUCUUUUACCUGAUGCCUGCGUUGAACAACAAAAUAAAAACUAAAAUAAACUAUUAUACAUUGCAAUGACAAAAUCUUUUCUUUUUCAGAAACUGCAGUCUAGCCAGAGCUACCCAAAGAAAAAAAUGGAUGACUUUUUCAUUUAGAUAUGUUGCUUCAUUGUGCAAUGAUAUUGGAAUAGAAACAUUUCAAUUACAUGCAUGUAAUUAAAUAGUUAAUGAGAGUUUUUUAUAGUUGUUCUUGUUAUACCUUAGAAAUAUCUAAAUAUGUAGCUAAGUUGUUUUGUGUUGUGUUUACAAAAAUACAAAUAUACGAAACUAUAGAACUAUCA